CCGGCGAGCGGUGUGCUGCGGCCGGGCCGGGUGAAUGGGAUUGAAGAAGAGUUCAGCUUCUCGGCUUGUUUUUGUGUUACAGUUUCUCUCCUCCUGCGCCUCUUCGGCUUCGUGCCGCCCUCCCCGCCCGCUCCCUCCUCCCCGUCGCAGGAGGAGCCCCCCGCGGAGAGGGGGAAGGAAAAGGACCCCACAGAGGCGAGAGCGAGCGAAGAGGAGGAGGAGAAGGGAGCAACCUACCAUCUUCCACUCCCCGCUUAGCUUAAAGAAAGUGAGAGGAGAGAGAGAGAGGCGCUCAGAAGAGGGGGACAGGGAGGCCCAGAGGAGCGGCGGCGCCGGCACCCUCCCCCUAUGAAGAAGAGUCCUCCCCCUCACAGAGAGGUCCUGCCAGGGGGACCCCGGCCGGCCCGCAGCAGCACCGCCGCCGCCAGCAGGCGCCGGGAAAAUUCCGUUUCUUCAGCAACUUGUUAUUCCGGAGCCGGGCCUGCUCCCCCCGCCCUGGGGCUGCCCUUCCCGCACAGGAGGGGGUAGAGAGCUGAAAGGGAUAACUUACUCAAAACUGGACUGGUGUUAAAGAGGAAACCAGAAACUAAAGGCACUGGAAUCAGCAAAGACACUUCUAGAGAAAGUGGAGAAGGUAGAGAAUGGAGCUGCAGACUCUACAGGAGGCUCUAAAAGUGGAAAUUCAGGUUCACCAGAAAUUGGUUGCCCAAAUGAAGCAAGAUCCACAGAUAUUUUUUCUUUCUAAUCAGAACGCCGAUUUGAAGAAACAACUUCAUGAACUUCAAGCCAAAAUAACAGCUCUGAGUGAGAAACAGAAAAGAGUGGUGGAGCAGCUUCGGAAGAAUUUGAUAGUGAAGCAGGAACAGCCAGACAGUAAAUUUCAAAUACAGCCAUUGGCACAGUCAGAAAACAAACUACAGACACCACAGCCACAACCACUACAACAGCUACAGCAACAUCACCACCAACAGCAGCAACAGUCCACGGCACCCUCUCCAAACGUGAUAGGAUCACAGAAAACUGUAACUACAGCUUCUAUGAUCACCACUAAGACACUACCUCUCGUCUUGAAAGCAGCAACUGCGACCAUGCCUGCCUCUGUUGUGGGUCAGAGACCUACCAUUGCCAUGGUUACUGCUAUCAACAACAAUCAGAAAGCAGUCCUCAGCACUGAUGCGCAGAGUGCACCAGUCAACCUCCAGACAACAAAUAAGGUCACUGGGCCAGGAGCUGAGGCAGUCCAAAUAGUGACAAAAAACACAGUAACUUUGCAGGUUCAGGCUACGCCUCAGCCCAUAAAAGUGCCGCAGUUCAUCCCUCCUCCCAGACUUACUCCUCGUCCAAAUUUUCUUCCACAGGUUCGACCUAAACCAGUUGCCCAAAAUAACAUUCCUAUUGCCCCUGCACCUCCCCCAAUGCUUGCAGCUCCUCAGCUUAUUCAGAGGCCUGUGAUGUUGACAACAAAGUUCACACCCACCUCUUUACCCAACUCUCAGAACUCCAUCCAUCCAGUUCGUGUAGUUAAUGGGCAGACAGCAACCAUAGCCAAAACCUUCCCUAUGGCACAGCUCACCAGCAUCGUGAUAGCAGCACCGGGGACCAGGCUCGCUGGGCCUCAGACUGUACAGAUCAGCAAACCAAACAUUGAAAAACAGACUAUUAAACCACAUGUGGAAACAGAAGAGAAGCAAACAGAAAGUCGUACAGUUACUCCACCUGCUGCACCGAAGCCAAAACGAGAAGAAAAUCCACAGAAACUUGCCUUCAUGGUGUCUCUGGGACUAGUUACUCAUGACCACCUGGAAGAAAUCCAAAGUAAGCGACAAGAGAGGAAAAGAAGAACAACAGCAAAUCCAGUGUACAGUGGAGCCGUUUUUGAGCCUGAGCGCAAGAAGAGUACAGUGACGUACCUGAACAGCACAAUGCAUCCCGGGACACGUAAAAGAGGUCGUCCACCUAAAUACAACACGGUGUUGGGGUUCGGGGCUUUGACCCCCACGUCCCCUCUCUCCAGUUAUCCCGACUCCCCUGAAAAUGAAAAGACAGAGAGCACAUUUACUUUUCCCGCAGCUGUUCAGCCUGUGUCCCUGCCUAGCCCCAGCUCCACAGACGGUGAUAUCCAUGAGGACUUUUGCAGUGUUUGCAGAAAAAGCGGGCAGUUGCUGAUGUGUGACACAUGUUCACGUGUUUAUCACCUGGAUUGCCUGGACCCGCCUCUGAAAACCAUUCCUAAGGGCAUGUGGAUCUGUCCCAAAUGUCAAGACCAGAUGCUAAAGAAGGAGGAAGCAAUCCCAUGGCCAGGAACUUUAGCAAUUGUUCAUUCAUAUAUUGCAUAUAAAGCAGCAAAAGAAGAGGAAAAACAGAAACUACUUAAAUGGAGUUCAGAUUUAAAACAGGAAAGAGAACAACUAGAGCAGAAGGUCAAACAGCUCAGCAAUUCUAUAACAAAAUGCAUGGAAAUGAAGAAUACCAUCCUUGCAAAACAGAAGGAGAUGCACAGCUCCUUGGAGAAGGUAAAACAGCUGAUCCGCCUCAUCCAAGGCAUCGACCUUUCAAAACCCAUAAACUCUGAGGUCAAUUCAGUAGCCAUCUCCAACGGCAUGGACUCCACUAACAAUACUAAUGCUGCCACCUCCACCUUAGCCCCCUCCCCUUCCCAGAGCUGCAUGGUGAACUGUAACAAGGGCGAUGAGACUAAAUAACACAGCCAAGUUAAGAAGGAGCCAAGGGAGGUGGCGGCGAGGAGAAAGAGCAAAAUAAAGAAACUCUAGAAAAGCAAAACUGGAUUUCUUCUGGAAAGUGCAGAAUUCUUUAGUUCUUUGGUUCCAGAGAGAGCGUGAAGAUGCUUGUGCCAGGCGGCACCGGAGUUUGCCAAUCGAUCCUUCUUAUUCUGUGUGUACAUGCGAAGUUUGGAUCAUGUUACAUGAAUAGUGCCAGCUGGGGGUUCUUUGCCAGCACCAUGCCAAGUGAAAUAAUAUAUUUACUCUCUCUAUAUUUUACACCAGUGUGUGCCUGCAGCAGCCUCCACAGCCACUAUAGGUUUGUUUUAUUUUUGUUUGGGGUGAGGAGCAGGGAUAAGGGAGGAGAGCAGGUUUCAAGUUCCUAUUUGCAGAACAGUUUGUUUAGCUAGGGGAAAACAAAAACAAGUCCAAAGAGCCUAUGGGCUUUUCCUGUUUCUAAACUCUCAGUACUAUUAAACCAAAAAACCAGAAAUAUAAAUUAUCAAAUCCCAGUGCCCAGAAGGGACAAGUCUAUCAAAUAAGCAGUAUUUACUAUUGUUUAGACAGGAGAUGUACAAAAGGAAAGGAGAUGGACUUUUCACUGAGUAACCAGCACACAGAGUCAUAGGAUAUGCUGAGUCAGGAUCACCGAGUCCAACUCCUGGCCCUACAGGACACCCCAAGAAUCACACCAUGUGCCUGAGAGUCUAUGGGUCCUCACACUCAUCCAGAAAGUCUGUUUUGGGAAUGGGAAAAGAGAGGGCCAGGGUCAGCUUGGAGCAUUGGAUGGAGGUGUCCCAAGAGAAAAUGUGCAUCAAUUACUUGAAAAUGAGAUUUCAUCCCUUUUCUGUAUUUAUAAACGACACAGGUAUCCUGAACAAAGUAGCACAUAACCCAGAUGUGUGAACUCAACAGAGAAAUGUCCUUUUCUUUCACUUCCUUUCUCUUCUUUUGGUAACAAGAACUAAAUAAGGAAUAGAAAAGCUGUUUUUCAGGCUGACAGUCUAAUUAAAGAGGUAGAUGGGACCUUGCAUGGUAUAGAUUAGAAGUAAUAGUGUCAGUGAGAUACAGUGAGUCUUUGUGAGUCCUUGUGUCAUCGUUUUGGGCACUGUUUUUUUAUGCAAGGGCAAAAUCUUUGUAUCUGGGGGAAAAAAAACCAACUUUUUUAAAUUAAAAAGGAAAAUAAAAGAUAUUGAGGUCUUCCUAGUGUUACUUAAAAUAAGAUCAAGGUAAGAAACAUUGUAAAAAAAAUUACAAAAGUGCUAUUUGUUUCCUAAACAAGUGAUUUCUAUUAAAAAGGUGUCAGAACUGGAGAAAA